GGGCCUGCCUUGACUGCCAAUCUUCUCCAGCCCUUCGCUCGCUCUGCCGCUGCCCUCUCUCUCUCCCUCCCUCGCUCCCUCCCUCCCUCCCCUUCUCCUCUGCUUCUGCGCGCGAUUGCUCUUUCACCCUCUGCGCGCUGGAGGUGCGUGCGCCCGGAGCGAGAGCGCGUGUCCAUUCGUGCUCCAUCGGUGCUGGUGUGAUUUGACCAUCGUCGGCUCGUCAUCGUAUCAUUGUUGUGCUGUUCGGUGUGGUCGCUCGCUCGCUCGCUCGCUACAUCUGCUUCUGCAGCGGCAGAGCGGAGCGGGGAGGAGGUUUCGGGGUUCAGGUGCGGUUGCAGCGAUCGCUCGCUCGCUCGCUCGCUUGCUGGGUCAGGCUUGAGGAAGGAUUGAUGCUCCAGGUGUUGUGAGAUUUUGAGGAAUUUGUCGAGAGGAAGAGGAUUUACCACGAAGCAGGAGGAUGAGUUUUUUAGAUCUAGAGGCCGGCGGGCCACCUCCGAGUAGGCGUGAUGUGAGAAAGGACCAGGAUCCGACACAGGCUUUGGCUGCGGGAGUUUUCCAGAUCAAUACUGCUGUUUCCACUUUUAAGCGAUUAGUUAAUACCCUCGGAACCCCCAAGGAUACCCCGGAGCUGCGUGAGAAGCUGCACAAAACUCGGCAACAUAUUGGACAAUUGGCCAAGGAUACUUCCGCGAGAUUAAAAUCAGCUUCUGAAGUCGACCAAUACACGGAAGUUACCGCGAGCAAAAAGGUAGGAGAUGCAAAACUUGCGAAGGACUUCCAGGCUGUCCUUAAGGAGUUCCAGAAAGCACAGCGUGUUGCAGCUGAGCGGGAGACUGCCUACGCACCUUUUGUGCCACAAGCUGCAUUACCACCAAGUUAUACCUCGAGCGAGCUCAAGUUGCAACCGGAGGAAAGUCAGGAGCAACGCCUUUUGCUCGUCGAUCAGAGAAGACAGGAUAUUCUUCAUUUAGAGAAUGAAGUUGUUUUCAAUGAGGCUGUCAUUGAAGAAAGGGAGCUAGGUAUUCGCGAAAUCCAGGAACAGAUUGGGGAGGUGAAUGAGAUCUUCAAAGAUCUUGCUGUGUUACUACAUGAGCAAGGAGUCAUGAUUGAUAAUAUCGACUCCAACAUAGAAAACUCACAUGCUGCAACUACUCAAGCAAAUCGUCAACUUACUAAAGCCUCGAAAACUCAGAAGUCAAAUAACUCUUUGACGUGCCUGCUACUUAUAAUUUUUGGCGUGGCACUGCUCAUUGUCAUCAUCGUCAUGUUUGCGUGAAAAUGGACUCCUGCAGUUUCUGCCAUUUAUUGAUCAGCGUGGAUAAUAAGUUGAGGACAAUCUCAACAGGUGCAUGUACAUUUCCAUAUUCCGGGUAGUGGCCUUGUUUUGCACCAAUCUUGUAAGUUUAGAAGUCGAGAUAGGAAUCUCCUGUGUAUAUCUUCCAUUUUAAGAAAGCCCAUUGUUCAAUUAUGGAGUUCCUUAUCACCAGGACGAGCUCUUGUUGGGCUAGCUUUGUGGGCAAUAUCUCAAUUCGGUUUUUGAGGUGUAUAAUAGAGAUGAAAGAACAUUCUCAAGUCCAAUGGUACUUUUGAUCCAAGGAAAACUGAAGUGCAAGUUUUGAGUAAGUGAAAAGGGUUUAGCGUUGUGAGUUACUUUCUCAUGAGCGAAUAAAGAAGUGGACAGCCGCAGGCCUCAUGUGU